AGCGAAAGUCAAAUACACGUUGUUUUCCACAUUAAUCCAGCACAUGAUUCGUAGUUCGAGAGUCAAGUGUUAACUUUUUCACAAAAAUUAAUUAACUGUCUACGUCAAGUUUAUCGGGAUGGCGAAAGCUAACGGGUACAUUGGCGAGGUGCUCCCUUCGAUGCCACCACGACCCGUGAUAGUCGCCAACUUGGAGAAUUUAUCCGAUCCAGACUUACAUCACGAGCUAAAAAUUGUUCAAAAAGUCUUGAUGAACCCGAAAGCAAUUGCGACGCUGGGCGAUGAGGGGGCGAAACUCAGAAAACACGUGUCAGACCUUGAAGCUGAGGUCAAGCGACGAUCAGCCCAGGCAACGACAAGCAAGAGCACGUCCCCCACCACGACUGAAAGUAACACUGUCGACGACAAGAUUGACGCCAUGAUUAAACGAAGCCAUGACCUGGGUAGAGAAAAAUUUGUGCCUGCAAGGGCCGGUCCUCACAAGUUUUCCAUAACGAAUUCUAAAGUCCAAGAUGAUAACCCCAUUCUUCCUGGUGACAAAUCUUUGGAAUUACGGGAACAUUUGACUUCGAAGGCCAAGUUCAAAUAUGACGAGGCCCUUGUUGGGCCGAAACCUCGGUCUUCUCCGAUUAAACCAAUGUCACUUACGGAGUCCAUGGCGCAGUGUAAAAUUGAAGGGAGUCGAGAGGUAGCUCGACAGAAGAAGUUGGAAGAAUCUCAAGAAAAGAAGACAGUCGGCGAGAGAUCUGGACAUGAGAAGGUAAACAGUGUACCGUUCUACUCUCGGUAUGCCGUUCUGCCAAAGAAAGAUGUGGAGGAGGAUCUGGACAGCGACGACAGUGUGGACAUCGAUGACUCCUUGAGCGAGGAAGAUGAGGAGGAUGACGAUAAGGAGGCUGAGAAUGAUACCAAGGAAAGGAGAUAAUAAAAAACUGAAAAGUGCCUUUAAUAUAAUAUAAAGAUGUGAUACUAAUUGUAAGUAUUGUUAAUAUUUAUUAAACAAUGUUAUUAUAGAUAAUUUUUUACGACUUUCUUAGGAAAUUUUGAUCUCGUCAAUAAAUGAGAAUUGUUGUUGCAGCAAA